UUCCGCUGUCUGAUAUGCGGGCGUUGAUAAACACAUGGAACAAAAUGGCGGCCACCACAACACAGGAUGUGCCAAACAAACCAAAAAAUAUUCCUCGUGGAAAACCGAAAUCCGGAAGGGUUUGGAAAAGCGAGAAGAAAAGAAAGUCAGCAGUUAUUGGUGUACAACCACUACAUACAUCCUGGAACAGGAAACAGAAGACCAGAAUGGAACAGAAAUUAAUGAAAGUUUAUGAAAAAGAGCUCAAAGAUGAAGCAAAGAAACAGAAAGAGGAAGAACGAAAAAGAAUAGAGGAAAGAAGAAAAAGAAGAGAGGAAAAUGAAAAGAAAUCUCAAGUUGUUCAAGUGAUAAAAAACACAGCUAAGAUUAAAAGGAUGAAGAAGAAACAGCUUCGGAAGAUUCAAACGCAAUAACUUAAUUAAUAGUUAUAUUAACAGUCUCUUUGUAUUCUAGUCGAUGUCCUAGCCUGUGAACAGGCUCUGUAGUCGAGGAUGGGGUGAAAAGAAAGAGGGAAGAAAAAGGAUGGAAGAGAGAGAGGAGGGGAGAGGCCACAACCCCCAUCCGAUUUCCCCCUCAGCCACUUCACUCUCAGCCAGGUCCUUCUCGGUCCUUCCUGUCACAGUCAGACCCUUCCAGCUGGAGCCUGUUCACAGGUAUCAAUGUCCCUGAGUUGAAAUCUAGGAGACAAGAGAUGAGGAGUUGCAAAAGAAGCAAUGAUAAGACUCCUAAAUGUGAACCCUGAAAUGCCUCAACUUUUUCAAAACCCUUAUCUUAUGUAUGACAAGGACAUGAAGCAAUAAAAUACUUAUUAGAACACAACCGGAGACAAUGGAUGUGGAGUUGCAAAAGAAGCAAUGAUAAGACUCCUACAUGUGAACCUUGAAAGGCCUGUACUUUUUCAAAACCCUUAUCUUAUUGAGUAUGACAGGGACAUGAAGCAAUAUAAUACUUAUUAGAACACAACUGGAGAUGAGAUGAGGAGUUGCAAAAGAAGCAAUGACAAGACUCCUAACUCUGAACCUUGAAAUGCCUCUACUUUUUCAAAACCCUUAUCUAAUUAAGUAUGACAAGAACAUGAAGCAAUAAAAUACUUAUUAGAACA